CCCCUGGUGCAAGCCGGCGAGGAAGGAGCCGUGGGGCAUGCCCGGGCUCCAUGAACAUCCCUCCUAGGCGGGCUUCCUCGUGGGCAUGACCCAGCGCCAGAGCAUCGCUGCUCCGCGGCGGUCCCUGCGGCUGUGCGACAUGACCCAGCUGCUGCGUGCCGCAGCCGGGCGAGGGAAGUGGACCAGAUCCAGCGCGGCCAAGAGGGCUGCGUGCCUGGUGGCUGCGGCAUAUGGGCUGAAAAUCCUCUAUCCCGUCCUCCGCAAGCGCCUGCAGCAGACAGCCUGCGAAAAGGGCUUGCAGGCUGCCUGCCGGGCUGGAGGGGGCGAGGAGCCGCUGCAUUGCAGCCGGAUCCGGGGCAGAGCCUCCCCGGCAGUGAAUGCGGAAUUUUUCAGGCAGCUGCUGGAACUUCGUAAGAUCCUUUUCCCGAUGCUGGUGAGCGCCGAAUCGGGCUGGCUUUGCCUCCACUCGGUGGCUCUUGUCUCUCGGACCUUCCUCUCCAUCUACGUGGCCGGGCUGGAUGGGAAGAUCGUCAAGAGCAUCGUGGAGAAGAAGCCCAGGAGCUUUGCCAUCAAAUUAAUCAAGUGGCUCAUGAUUGCAAUCCCUGCCACUUUUGUGAACAGCGCCAUACGGUACCUGGAGUGCAAGCUGGCCCUAGCCUUCCGUACCCGCCUGGUGGAUCAUGCCUAUGAGACCUACUUUGCCAAUCAGACUUACUACAAGGUGAUCAAUAUGGAUGGGAGGCUGGCGAACCCCGACCAGUCCCUGACCGAGGACAUCAUGAUGUUCUCCCAGUCGGUGGCACACCUGUACUCCAACCUGACCAAGCCCAUCCUGGAUGUGGUGCUGACAUCCUACAGUCUUAUCCAGACUGCCAGGUCCAAGGGAGCAAGCCCCAUCGGGCCUACGCUGCUGGCAGGCCUUGUGGUGUAUGCCACGGCGAGAGUACUGAAAGCAUGCUCGCCCAAAUUUGGCAAGCUGGUCGCAGAGGAAGCUCACAGAAAGGGUUAUCUGCGAUACGUCCAUUCGCGGAUUAUAGCCAAUGUGGAAGAGAUCGCCUUCUACAGAGGACACAAGGUGGAAAUGAAACAACUGCAGAAAAGUUACAAGGCUUUGGCAGACCAAAUGAACCUCAUAUUGUCCAAACGUUUAUGGUACAUCAUGAUAGAGCAGUUCCUGAUGAAGUAUGUCUGGAGUAGCUGUGGUUUGAUUAUGGUGGCUGUACCUAUCAUCACAGCGACAGCAUUUGCAGAUGGCGAGUUAGAAGAUGGCCAUAAACAAGCAAUGGUUAGUGAGCGAACAGAAACCUUUACUACUUCACGAAAUCUGUUGGUCUCUGGAGCAGAUGCCACUGAAAGGAUUAUGUCUUCUUACAAAGAGGUCACCGAGUUAGCAGGCUAUACAGCUAGAGUGUACAACAUGUUUUCAGUCUUCGAUGAAGUGAAGAGGGGCAUUUACAAAAGAACUGCUGUUUUUCAAGAGAUUGAAACCAACAGCAAGAAUGAAGAUAAAGCAGAACUACACAUUGAUGGACCCUUGGAAAUCAAGGGAAAAGUUAUUGAUGUUGAUCAUGGAAUUGUUUGUGAAAAUGUUCCUAUUAUUACCCCAAAUGGAGAUGUGGUGGUUUCCAGACUAAACUUCAAAGUACAGGAAGGAAUGCAUCUUUUAAUCACUGGCCCCAAUGGUUGUGGAAAGAGUUCUCUUUUCAGAAUUUUAAGUGGUCUGUGGCCAGUCUACGAUGGUGUUCUCUACAAACCGCCUCCCCAGCACAUGUUCUAUAUCCCACAAAGGCCGUACAUGUCCAUUGGAACACUACGUGAUCAAGUCAUUUAUCCAGACUCAGUGGAUGACAUGCAUGAAAGAGGAUACCAAGACCAGGAUCUGGAAUGUAUCCUGCACCUUGUUCAUCUGUAUCACAUAGUUCAAAGAGAAGGAGGCUGGGAUGCUGUGAUGGAUUGGAAAGAUGUCUUAUCAGGAGGAGAAAAGCAAAGGAUGGGCAUGGCUCGCAUGUUUUAUCAUAAACCAAAAUAUGCAUUGUUGGAUGAAUGUACAAGUGCUGUAAGCAUUGAUGUUGAAGGAAAGAUCUUCCAAGCUGCAAAAGGUUCUGGGAUAUCCUUGCUUUCUAUCACACACAGACCUUCUCUUUGGAAGUACCAUACUCACUUGUUGCAGUUUGAUGGAGAAGGAGGCUGGCGUUUUGAACAAUUGGACACUGCAAUCCGCUUAUCACUCAGUGAGGAAAAACAAAGACUAGAAUCCCAGCUUGCCGGAAUUCCUGAAAUGCAGCAGAGACUGAAUGAACUUUGCAAAAUUUUGGGAGAAGAUUCAGUGCUUAAAACAAUGGAUAAAGAGGAAUAAAUAUCUUUAUUUAUGUUUGAUAUUUUUAAUUUUUUUAUUUUAGUUCAAAGCUUUAUGAAUUUAAUGACACUUGUUUGCAUGCCUUGUGGUAGACUUAGAGCAUAGAGAAAUGUAAUCAGCAAAAAAUAGUGCUUUAUAAGAUUUUAGCAUUUUGGUAUUAAGGAAGAAAAUAGUUUGAACCCUGAAAAGUAGAUCAGCAAAUGCACUGUGUACAAGAUUAGUCAUGAGAGCUUACAGUAAUUCCUAGUGAAAGCCCAAUUCACUGCACAAAGUUACCGGCAGUUAGAUUUGCUUGGUGAAUUCUUGCUUGGGAGCUGACGGGCAGAAUGUGCUCUCAUGCCAGAUUGCCAUGUGUAUAUGAUAUGCCUGCUAAACAAAGCAAAUCUGGCAUGUAACUCAGGCAUGGAGCAACGCAAGGCAGGCUGUGGGUGAGUAUGCACAUGCAUGCAAAAAUCUAAUUUGGGUACAAGGAAAUAUUUUUCUGUCCAUGUAAAACUGAUCUGUUCCUCAGCUGAGCCGUAUGCAUGUUAUUAGCUGCAUUUCCAUAGGAAAUAACAACAGGACAGGCAGCCCAGAAGGUAACUGUCAUAACAACAGCUAUCCAAUUGUCCUUUCAACCAAUUAACAGGGAUUUAACAAGACAGAUAAUACACGUGUAGAGUACAGAGUGCCACAAUGCAUAAUUUAAGAAGUCUUUUUUCCUCAGGACAUGUACAUUAAUUCCUAGUAACCUUUCAAAGGAUUAUGUAUGCCCAUUAUACAGUAUACUUUGGUAGGCAAGGCAUUGGAUCCUGAGUCAGGAGACUCGGGUUCUGUUCCUGGCUCUGCCACACCUGCUGUGACCUCGAGCAAGUCACUACCCCUCUCUGCCUCAGUUUCCCUAUCUGAAAAAAGAGGAUAAUAAGACUCACUCACCGGUGUGAGGCACUUUGUGAUUGACUGAUGAAAAGGCCUAUCUAAGAUCCAGGUCUUUUUAUUAAUGCACCCUUUAGUUUUCAUGAGCUAUCACUCUGAUAAUAAAAAUGUGCAGCAAUUAAAGAGUUCUUUAAAAUGUUACAGCCCUAUGUCACCAUCAGUUAAUGCCUGCAGCUCCUCAGAAAGGUGGAUAAACAUUGCUAUCCUCACUUACAAAUGGGAGAAUGCACAGGUUCGCAGCCAUGUUUCUAAUUUUGUGUGCACAACAGGCCACUCCUAGUGGACAGCUCUGGAAGGUAGAAUAGGAAGGGACGGCUUUUGAAAGUGAUCAGUGUGCUCUGAGGAAACGAGAAAGGCUAAGCAGAAAGAAAGUGGAUCUGAAGUUUGGUGGGUCUGUUUUAAAAGAAAAAGAGAGUUAAUUCUUAGGGGAUUGCUGUGUGACUGGUGCUUUGCAGGCUGACAAAGCUCAGUUGCAAAACACAAGCGAUGUGUCAAGGCUUGGGGAAGUUUUAGGCCAGCUGCUUAGCUGUACUUACUGCUAGCUCUUCCAUGUGGUACUUCAGACUGGAGUCGCAGAGAAGGAGGCUCAAUAAACUUGCUCUGGAAAAGACUCCAGAAUGCCAGCUGCCUGCCAUAGGUGAUAUCCUUGCCACUGCCCUUAGUUGGGGUUUCUGUCAGAAGGAGGUCAACUGUAACUCCUGCUAGUGCGCCACAGAAGAGUCCAGCACCAUCCCGACUGUGCCCCCUUUCUGGUAAGCACCACUCACUUUUCACAGUUCAAGAGAGGCUGUUGUUUUGUGGCAAUGCAGCCACCUAACAGACACUUAUCUGUAUCUAGAGAUUGCAGCAUCUGAGCCACUCACAAUCUGUAAUAUCCUUCACACCACCCUGUGCAGGGGAAAAGUACAUUGUACAAAAAGACAACGUGACUUGUUGAAGGUCCUAAAGGAAGGGUGGUGCAAGCAGGGAAUUAAACCCAGCUCUCCCACGUCCUAGGCUAGCACCCUCAGCACUUGACUUUCCUUCCUCUCUUCCUUUCCUGGGCUUCUUGCUACCAGAGAUCUCUACCAAGGACUACACUAGACCCUGGAAUGAACCUGGCCCUUAGUCUGUGCAGCUGAGUCUCUUUCUCUCCCUUAUUCCUGAAGGGAAUCAUGUAUCCACCCUUGCAUCAGUUGUUUGCUGGUCUCAUUAGGUGUUUCCUCAGACAAUCCUCUGAGAUGUCUCAGUGUAACAGAACAGAGUGGAAUGCCCUGGAGAACACUGGAAAAGAACUGGGAAAUUAAGUACCUAAUUAGAUGCAGUUGUGUAAAGCAAAGACAGGAGGUCACUGAUUUGGCUGGUGACAUGCAUGCAUUCUAAUUUGCAAGCUUCUCUGCACCUUUCUUCCCAAAAGGCUAACUUUCUUUCUUGUAGUCUUCAAAUAAAAAAGUCCAUAGAGUAGAAAUCUUUGUUACAAAUGAGCAUAAUCUAAGAAAAACUGACUUUUCAAAAGGGAAAAGGCCAGUGUAUUUCAGCAUUAUACCUCUGUAACAUAUGGUGCUGUGUAAGGCAUGGGGAUGACAGGUAAAAAGUAUAAGGCCAGAUCCUGGUCCUGAUAGCUUAGUAUCAGUCUGCUGGCACAAAGCAGCCACAAAGUUAUGUUACCCCAGGAUUCCCCCAGUGCCCGGGGACCUCCAUAGAUAGCAAACCUAGUUCCAUGCCACCACUCUCAUGGUGCCUGGUGUAAGGCGGAUGGUGGAGGAAGGAGUGUUGCUGUAUUCCAGCAAUUCCCUAAUUUUCCGAAAGGCACUUUUCCCUAAGGCUGUUCUUACUUGCAUUGAGGGCUAAAUUGACACCUCCCCCACUGGCCCCUGAAUCAGGGGUGCGAAAAGCUGGUGAGCAGCUCGUGCAGCUCUAAAAUUGGGCCUAUGGUUUAUAAACUCCCACUGAAACAUUCUAAAUGGGAUUUAAAAAAUGUUACUAAAUGCAACAAUGCAAUCCCUGUUAUUUGAGCUGUCCCACUAGCAAAACAUGCAGCCCACUAAAGCGUAAUGGAAAGACCGCCUCUGAAGAAGAAAUGUCUAGAAGUUUUAACGUAUUUUCUCAGUUUUAAAAUGAAAUUCUCUGUAAAACUUACACAAAUUGCAUACUGCUGUGAAAACAAUCCUGUUCUUUUACAAUGAAAAGAUUAAAUUGAACUGGAAUCAACUGGAUAAAAUGUUGCCAUAAGCCCCGUAAAGUGUGAUGCACAUUUACUGGAGCCAGUGAUGUGAUAAAUGAUCCAUUCCAGUUCAGAAAUACAGUACAAAGUAUUUUAACACUUCAGUCUGUGAUUUAAAUUCCAAUUGGUAUGAAAAGAAUGUGAGCGCUUUGAUAUAUACGACAUCCCUCACUCAACUGGACCUUUCCAAGUGGCUACGAUAUGUUACAUUUACCCUUGAUAAUGCUUCACACAGUUACUCCACCAGUGACUCAUCAGUUUCAAAUUUGAUUUUUGUGGUUUAAAAACAAGCUGCCCUGAAGAUUUUCCCAGUAAUCUUUCUGAACUGCUCCAAACGCUCAUUAUAAAGACUAUAGGGCCUAAUCCUGUUCCUAGUGCUUUCAACGAGCGUUUUGCCAUGGACUUACUGGGAGCACGACUGAGCCAAUAUAGAGCUCAGUUGUGACUCUUCAGACACAGCCCAGAAAGAGAGAGCUGAGGGGUUGGAGGCAUGCUGCCUAAAUGGGUGCUCUGGGAGGCAUUGUAACUGAGUCAGGUACAGGGCGCAAGUGGCUGUGGCACUGUUUAUUCUCAGCAAGAUCAGCCAGCCAGCCAGCUAGCUCAGGAGGCAGGAAUGAUGCAUGCCCCCCACCCCUUUUCUCUGUGUCCGUGAGCACUGCCCUGUCAAAGUCAUUUCAUGCCGUGAGUGCAAACAUUGUAACUGUGUCUAGUCUCAGCACCAGGGUGUGCGGAAGAUCCCUCCUUAGCCCACAUCCUCAAAGGUGUUUAGGUUUCUAACCUCCAUUGAUUUCUCUGGAAGGUGGGAGCCUAUAUAUCUUCGAGGGACUGGGCCCUCGUGCCUAUUUUUCCCCUUGCAUGCCCAUGCAGAGCUAGCCACAGCUGAACUCAUUGUUUCAAGGAAUUUCAUGUGCUAAAAUCAUUAUGCAACUGGGCCAGAUCCUGGAUUGGGCUUCGAACACCCUCAAACCCUAUUCAAAUUAAUGGAAACUCAGGGUACUCAGCACUUCACAGGAUCUGACUACUACAGGAAAAAAGGUCUUGAGCAGAAUUAAUAUAAUCUCAGAAAUGAGGAAUGGUUAUAUCUGGAAAAAAAAUAAAAUACAAAUUAUCCAGCAAAAUUAAUUCAUUGAAUGUCAGGGGUUUGGGUUGUUUUGUUUUUUAAACAUAUUAGAAAACAGUCUCUGCUCUCUGGGUAUUAACGCCUUUUCUGCAAUGAAUGUUUGCUUUACUGAUCAGUUUUGGUUCUGUACUAAUUCAUCAUUUAGGGCUGGAUUCUCUCACAGAUCCAACUCCAUUAAAAUCAAAGGGAAUUGUGUCUGCAUGAGGAAAGCAGGACUAAGUGCUUAAGGAGCUGGACUGGAGAAUUCACAAUAGUAACUUCCUCCCUGAAGCCACUAAACAGAUUUGAGUUUUAUAAUAUCCUUUUGGUAAACUCAAAUUACCUUUGUGCAUGUGCAAGUCUUUUUAUAAACUUAUUUCCAGAGGUUUCAACAAUACAGAGUAUAGAAUUCAAUUACUACAGCUGGCUGUUUAUAAAGUUUAAAACAAAUGAAUUGCUCAAUCAAAGUUGUGUUUUUUUCUGUUUACAUUUGGUUUAAUGCCCUUUAAAAGCAGACCAUCUUUAAUGCAAUAAAUUAUGCUUUACACUUGUAAUUUAUUUCAACACCAAAUAAAUCCAUGGC